CAAGAAAUUGUUCGGGCAAAUGAAAAAAUGUCCGCUGCUAAGAAGGAGUUGUCAGUUGCAAAAGGAAUUCGGAAGAAUAAGGAGGAAUACGAGCUGCUAGCAAAUAUGAUCGAAAAAGUGCCUUCGCGAUCGCAAACUAAUAAAAAAUUGGAAGCAAUCAAAAAAGAACUUGAAGAGCUUCAUGGAAAGCAACGGAGUUUAGAAGCAAAGUUGGCAGACAGGCGGAAUCAUUUGCAUGCUUUCAAUGUCAUAUUAGCAAACUUCUGCCGAUUUUUGAAAGAGUGUCUUAUGAAUGAAUAUAUCCUUGAUUCUACCACUAAUAUGUCUUCACUUCAUUACGUUGCAGAUGAAGAAGGCGAUGAAAUGUGUGUGGGUGAAGUGCUGGAUGGCUCUAUUGCGGACAUUAAGACGGAAAAAUCAUGA